CUCGUGUCACAGCCCUAGGAGGGUUUAAAUUAAACCACCCUCACACACAUUGUGUGAGACUGAGCUUAAUUUAAUGGCUUCUGCCUGAUACCUUAGAGGGAUAAGUGUUCUCUGAAGACAUUUCAACAAGACCCUUUGAAUCUCAUUGCCAGAGUCAUGGGCCAAGUUCACAGACGGCAACAUCCUUCGCUCCCAGAAUGAACAGGCAGCCUCUGCCAAGAGGCAGAAUAACAUCAGAGACCUGCUGGUGGUGACGGCCAAUGAGAUGCGGUGCCAGUUCAAUAAUGUGAACGUCUCCUUCACCAACCGCAUCGCCAAGACAGCCGAUGCCAAGAACAAGAUUCAGACCCACCUGGCCAAGAUUUUUCUUCAUCAAGUUCAUUCUUCCAAGUAUUUAAAUGAGUUGAUGGAAUCUACAGAUGAAGAGACUCCUAGGCCCAUACUGAUGGCACAAGGACUUUUGGGGAAUGUAGACUCCAAACAAGAUGCCGAACAAAAAGUGGCAGUUAGGUCGUGGGUGCGGAAGACAAUGAGCUUCUGUAAACAGUGGUUCUGUCCGUCACCAGCCUGCUGGCUACACUCGCUUGUUGCAUUUGUGCUUGGGAUUGUGCUGAUGGUCAUCAUCUGGGCACUUGUUGGACAACAAACUGAUACAUCUCAUCACGAAAAAUUUCCUCAUGACCAGUGCCCCAGCGAAUGGAUAUAUUACAGAAGGAAAUGUUAUUUCAUCUCAGAGGAGGAAAAAGACUGGACAUUUAGUCAGAUCUUCUGCACUAAGAAUAAUGCCUUGCUAGUCGUUUUUGAAAACCUGGAAGAAAUGCAUUCUUUAGCUAAGUAUUUGAGAAUAGAUGACUCCUGGAUCGGAUUGCACAAGAUAGGUGGAAGUUUCUUCUGGGAGAAUGGUAUUGCCUUGGACGUGGACUUGUUCCAGAUACGGAAUCACUCUGACUGUGCCUACUUGGAUGCCUCCACUGUUUCUACCUCAGCGUGCUCUUUGCCCAGGCGCUGGAUCUGUAGCUUCCAUAAAGGGGUGGCAUAGAUCUUCAUUUGAUAUUUACAGUUAAGACAUAUCCAUUGUGGAGUUUCUUUGGAUAGAUGGCAGUCUUGGGCCAUCUGGAAGGCUGAGUUGGAGUGAAGAAUUUUUUAAUUGACUUCCAAAAGGUGCUUCUUAUUUACAUGAGACAUGUUUUGAACUAGAAUGUUGAGAAUUGUAGUUUUGUUACAUGUUGCACUGUAACAGUGUUCACAACACUACAAAAAUGUUUACAAAAAUAAAUGCUAUUCCAUUUCAGUAGUGAGUUUAUUUUCCCAGUAUGUCUGAGUAAUAGCAAACCAGUUGAUCUGCUAAAAGCAUACUUGCUUUUAGGCAUGUAAAGAGCUUUCUUAGACAUUGAAAAGGUCCCCACCAGUUCUGUAACCAGAAACUCUUGAGUUCUUGCGGUUCAGGAUUUUCAUAGCAUUUUUAUAGUUUCUGGCAGACACCGUUGACCUGACAGGGCGUUUGAGCAUGUAGAAAUCAAGUCUGGCUAAGAGAACAAAACAAGGUGUCAAAAGGGUUUACUCAACAGUGGAGCUUGUGGUUGGUGGUUCCCAACUCUUCCCAGCAUUGCUGAACAUGUACAGUUUGUCCUGAUCUGAGACACAACUGUAGAAGGCCACCAUUGUGAGCACCAUAGCAGAGCUUUCCUCAGUUUCUCUACAUUGUGUCUUAAAUGUACUGACUGUCUGCGCUCCUGCUUUCCUCAAGACAAAGACGUGGAGCACCCCAGCCACUACAGAAGAGAAAACCUCAGCUGUGCCUUUUGAUUCGGAGUUCAGCUCCAUUCAUAGCUCCACCUUCGUGGCUUCCCUGUCUUUCCUGUCACAUGACAAUAUCAUUUCAAACAUGCUUCCCAGAAAGACUCUAAGGGAAUCUACCACAGAGCAGAAUCGGGAAAUGUAGGCAGCCUGAACUUGUCUGUAGAACGUGAACACACUGAACCUGCUUUGAGCUUCAGACUGUCCAUGAAGCCUGCCAGUCCAGCUACCACAGUCACAAAGGAAAUAUAUACUGUGUUGUGUGGUAUUGCUUUGGCAUAUCUUUUUGUAGAAGUAGCUAAUAAGCUUUGACAUAGUAAAAUCACCAUCUUGUCAUACAUGAGUACAUACAGGUACUCACUGUUCCAGGACAGGGCUGCUGCAGCACACCAAAUUAAUAGUAAUGCCCUCCUUGUUAGAAUGAUGUCAGAAACCCAGAUCCUUGGAAAUACUGUAAGAAGAAGGGGUGCUCGAAGAUUAAAGUUUUGCUGCUACAUAGGAUUUAGUACUCAUUGGCUGUAUUUUAUUGGAUACUUCUGCAUUUGUGCAUUGAUUGCUUGGUUAAUUUGCAGAGUGUGUGUGGGUUAUUCUUUUUAGUCUGAAAAACUGUUUUUCCUUUCUUUGUGAGGAUUUUGUGCUAUUUUUAUGUGUAGAUACAUGAGUACAUUUUUACUUCUACUCCAGACUUUUAAAAACUUCAAUAACUUGAGAGUGUAAAGGGGACUUACUACAAGUGAAACAAAAGACAAUAAUGUUCAAACAGCUUAUUUACCACUUACAUAACUUCUAAAAACUGAUGUGUUCCUAUGCAGGAGGAUAAUCCACCUAGGAAUCAAAUUCUGUCAUUAUUCCCAUAGGUGGUAUGUUGCUAAUCUCUC